AUAAGAAAGAAAACGUAAAUAUAUUCUCCCCCCAAAAUUAUCCAUGUGUGGAAAAGAGUGAGAGUGAGAGAGCACAAAUUAGGAAAACGCGCAUUUGAUUGGCUAUUGAACAUUAGGGCAGCAAAGGAAACCCCUUAUAUAACAAAAUGCUACAACAAAUACAUCUAUUUAACGGGUUAAAAAAAAGCUCUAGAUAAAGCAUUAUACGUCAAAGUUUAAGAAAAAUUCGUGUCCACGCUUCCUCUUUUACAAGCUAAACGCGUAAACAAGUAGAGUAGUCAAAAGGGAAAGCGGGGUUUUUUAUUAAAGUCGUCCAUUUGUAUUUUUCUCUCUCGCUCUCUCUCUCUUACAAACAGAAAUAGAAUUACAAAUAAAGAUGGCAACUUUAGAACAGAAUCCAUAUUCAAGUCUUGAUGAAGAUAAUUUCAACACGCAAGAUGGAUACAGCGAAGAGGACGAUUACUCUGAUUACGAUGCCGAAGCGGAAUGGGAGGAAAGUAAAGAGCAAUUAAGCUCAUUGUUUUCUCUUGUUGUCUUUCCUUUUGUUGGUAAAUGGUUGGGUAAAAAGUUCUCAUUCUGGGUCUGGUCAAGAUACUUGACAACAACACCACUCGCAAGCCGUUACUCGAUUUUAUCAACAGACUUGGUCAAUUCAUUCAAGAAAAUCGCUUAAUUUGUAUAUCAUCAGCCUUUUCUCAAUCAAGAAGAUAAUAAACUUUUGUACAGCAUUCUUUCUCCCUCCUUCCCCUCGCAAAUCAAUGCC